UGCGCGGGGCCCGCAGCGGAAGUGUUCAUCGUCAGCCAUGGCGGCCGCGGCCGUGUCGUCGUUGGGCAGCUUGGGCACUCCCGAUCCCGAUGCGGGGGGCUCCUCGGGCUCGGAGGAUGAGGCGAAGCCCGGCACGGCGGCAGCGGCGGCGGCGCAGAAACGAGAGGAGCGGCUGCGGAAGUUCCGGGAGCUCCAUCUGAUGCGGAACGAAGCUCGCAAACUGAAUCACCAAGAAGUAGUGGAAGAAGAUAAAAGGCUUAAAUUGCCUCCAAACUGGGAAGCCAAAAAGGCUCGGCUGGAGUGGGAGCUGAAGGUGGAAGAAAAGAAAAAGGAAUGCGCAGCCAGAGGAGAGGACUACGAGCGAGUUAAGCUGCUGGAGAUCAGCGCUGAGGAUGCCGAGAGGUGGGAGAGGAAAAAGAAGAGGAAAAAUCCAGAUUUAGGAUUUUCAGACUAUGCGGCCGCUCAGCUGCGCCAGUACCAGCGGCUGACCCGGCAGAUCAAACCUGACCUGGAGCAGUACGAGAGGCUCAAAGAGCAGUACGGUGAAGCUCUCUACCCCACCUCAGACAGCCUUCUCCACGGGACCCACGUGCCGUCCAAGGAAGGGAUCGACAGAAUGGUGGCAGACCUUGAGAAACAGAUCGAGAAGCGCGAGAAGUACAGCCGGCGGCGGCCCUACAACGACGACGCCGACAUCGACUACAUCAACGAGAGGAACGCCAAGUUCAACAAGAAGGCAGAGAGGUUCUACGGCAAGUACACAGCAGAGAUCAAGCAGAACCUGGAGAGGGGAACAGCUGUCUGAGCUCUCACCCCAGCAGUGCACCCGGGCAGCCCUCUCACAGCUUGGCAGCUCUGGCUCCUGUCACUGUG